CCCGUACUACUGUGAGGAACUGCUGCGCUACCUGAGUUCCAACAACAUGCUCUUGUUCCACACUGGGAGGCUGGACAAAGGAGGAGAGGACACCUGGCAGAGCCUGAUGGCCGAGGCAUCACCCGCUGUCGCAGCCACCUCGAGCUCGGGUACCGGGAAUGACAGCGAAAGGAUCUGUGCCGUCAGACCAGACGUGAGCCUGGAGAUCCCCGUACUGCCAGUGGCCUUGAAAGAGAUUGCGCUGGCUGAGCUGGACCGGAUCGAUCGACAGAAGCAGACGGUUCUGAAGUUUGCGGCCAUCAUCGGGCCGGUGUUUACCACCCAGCAGCUGGCUCACAUCCUUCCUGCGUGUGCCAAGGCCCGGAUGCAUUCUUUGCUGGACAUGCUGGUGGGAGACAAGAUCCUGAAGCGGCUGGAGAACACAGAGGUGCCAGAAGACAAGCGAGGUGCUACAGAGGGGCUGGCCACCUCUGGGCAGGCAGGAAGCGGGGUGGAGAGGCCCGCUGCGAGCAAGAAGACCGCGCAGCAGCAGUCUGGCAUCCUGGCCUUCAGCGCCCCGCUGCUGUGGGAGGCGUCUUAUGAGCUGUGGCCCACCAGGCAGACAGUCGACAUUCAUCACAAGUGUGCUGCCUUCCUGCAGAGGCACGCACACAAAUGCCAGAGGUGCCACGGAGGAGACUUUGUGCCCUCCCACUGCUUUGGCGUCUCCAGCCCCCAGGAGCAGGGCAGCUGCCAGAGCUCUGCUGACAAGGAUGACUGGCGCAGCUGGGAGGCCUUGGUGCUUGCUGGAGAGCACCUGAGGAGGGCCAGGACCUACACCCCAGACGGCUUUCUGGCAGAGGACGACCAGACAACUGUGCGGGCCGAGGACGGUGGCGAGCAUUCCUGCCAGUGCGAAGCCAUCGCCGAAGCGGUGCUUGUGCCCCUGGCUCGCCACUAUAUGGCAGUGGGCAGCGCUUCCCAAGCCUUCUAUUACCUGCUGGAGUGUGCGGCUGCCUACCUGCAUGUCUCCAACAGCUACAUGGCCCUCGUGAAGCUGAAGGAAGCGGAGGUCCUGAGGCGCUCCCUAGAGAAGAAAGCAAACGCCAUAGACCGCUUUGACGAGGCCAUCUUCUUCAGCCUCAGAGGAGAGAUCUGCAGUACCAUGGGACGCGUGAAGCUGGCCAAGAAAAUGAGCAGGCAGGCGCUGAGCCUGCUGGAAAGGCGGUUCCCGCGGACCCGCGCCGGGGCCUUUGUCAAGUCUCUGAUGGAAGGGUUGCAGCGUGCUCCUCAGGCCACAAGCAGAACAUCCUCCCUUCCGCACGAGGCUCGGAGGAAGAAGCUAGCCUGGCUGCUGCAGAGGAGCAGAUGCCUCUCCUUGCUGGAGCACCUCUACAGCCAGGAGAGCACAUCUGGCGGACAGAGGUUCUCCCGCCUGGCAGCGCUCAUGAAGGCCAACACGGACAGGAAGAUGUCCUCCUACCAGGCGGCAGACUCCCACACCAGAUAAAGCCUUUACAACCCUCCUCUUCCUACGCUAUCUGAAUAAAAUGGCUGCUUUCUUAUGA